CGCCCCUGCGUCGUUUGGUGUGGCGACCGCAACGGUGAGCGCGGGUGGCGAUCGAGUUGAUUCAGAGCGAUGGGAAGCGGGGUGUCGUCGGAGAUGCGCGACCAGGCCGCGUUCCAUAUCGUGCAAGACACCUACGCGAAAGGGGUGGCCACUGGCUUGGACGACCACGACCUGUUUGACCUGAUUAAGGCCAAGCUCAUUCAGCACGAGCACCACGACGAAGAACACCAUGAGGAACACCACGACUACGUGCACGAGCUGCCAAAGUCGUCGCGCAGCACACGAAGUAUGAAUGCCUUGAUCAACAAGGUGACGGAAACGACUGGCGAUUCGAGUGCAGCAUCAUCGGCAACUGCAGCAGCAGAAGCAAGGCCGCACACGCCGCCCUUCGCGACAAAGCGAGUGCUGUCCAGUGCGGGCGACGCCGAGCUAAGCGCUGUUGGCGCCAACUACGACAAGCGGCGAAUCCACACGAUGAAGGUUGCGCACUCCAACGACCCGACCAAGUUUCGACGAGCGUCCAUAGUGCAAGAAAGUGUGAUCGACGCCACGGUCGAGUUCAGCACGGAUGUCCUCGUGGAACCGGUGACACUCAAGAUGAUGACCGAGUUCUGCAGCUCGAUUCCGCACGCGGUUGAGCGCCUCAUGUUCUGGGUCGACGUUCAGUACCUCAGGACGUUGCCGAGCCCCCAGUACACGGACAAAAUGCUGCGCAAAAUUUACGAAAAAUUCCUGAGCCCCCACGCGGCCACGCCAAUAUGUGUCCCGACCGACAUGACUCGCGCAAUCCAAGAAGAAUUUGAACGACCCGGGGGCAUCCAGUCGGCAGGAGUGUACUUGGAAGCCCAAGCGCUGUGUUUGAAAGACCUGGAGAAAGACGUCUUUCCGCGCUUCCAAAAGCACAAGCUAUUUGAGAGCAUGAAAGCAUUGUGCGAAAGCAAAGUCGAGACGGGGAACGGCGCCCCGAUGAGCCCUCGGGAAGACAAGUACAGCUUUCACGCAGUGUUGACUGACGACACAAAGCUACGUUUUCUCAAGAGCUACUGCGUUGAAAAUUUGACGUUGGAGAAUUUGCUCUUCCACAUGGAAGUCGAAGAGGCCAAGCGAUUACCGAACCAGUCGUACGUCCACGCGUGUGCUCGCAAAGUGUACGAGACAUACUUGAAGCCCAACGCCAAGAAAUACAUCGCCCUGCCUCAACAUAUCCACGCGUCUGUGGCGGCGAAAGUGGAAGCGAACCAGUUGGAUUCUACCACGUUCACUGACGUCCAGUACUAUGUCCUGGAAUACGUGCGCACGGAGCUCUGGGCUACCUUCUCAGUGUAUCCCCCGUAUGUGGACCACAUUCACGAAGGCGAGUUGACACCACGCCAUUGGGACAACUACGUUCCCAACGUGACGGAAAACGAUGUCAAUGCUGUGCUGGUUCAGCUGGAAAAGAUGGACCCUGCAGACGUCCUGGCCAAGGCGCUGACGUUGCCGAUGGACCAGCUCGCUAACGUCGCGCUGGCGCACAAGAUCCACCGUGACACGCUGAUGCUGUUACUACACGACAAAAUUGCGCAUCGGAUUUUCAAAAAGUUUCUGGCGAGCCGAUUGAAAGAUCAUUUCGUGGCCUUCAUUGACGAGGUCGAUGAGUUCAUCAACUUGCCGGGGAUCGAGUUUAUGCAGCACACGGCCAAGAAGUUGUACAAAAAGUACUUGAGCGAAAACGCCAAGUUGCAAGUUGACAUGAGCAACAAGAUGCGCCAAGAGAUCCAAGCCAAGCUCAAUACGCCGUCGAUCGAUAUGUUUCGACCCGCCAUCGUCAAGGUCAAGACAGGUCUGUUGCAAGACUCGAUGGUGCGGUACCUCAAGUCCCCGAUUCAUUCCGAGAUGAAACAAGACAAAGAGAACCCAGAACUUGUUCGGGACCUGAUGAGUGCUGUCGACAAAGGCAAGGUCGACCUACCACACCUCGAAUCAGUCCUGUCCAACCCGACGUACUUGUCUAACUUUCGAAAGUACUUAAAGUCACAGCACGCCGCGGAGAACCUCAUCUUCCUCGAAGAAGUCGAAGAGUUUCGACGCCUGCCGUCGUAUCAAAUAGUUGUUCGCAGUGCCAAAAAGAUUGUCGACAAGUACAUCAACACCAACGCGGCGAAGAGCCCAAUCCCGAUCGCCGAGCAUCUUCACGACGAUAUGGUCCAAAACAUCGACAAAGCAGGCAAAACGUACUUUUCGGACGCGGUCCAAGACGUGGUCGCGAUCUUGCGCACUACCGAAGUCCACGACUUCCUUGACUCCCCGCUCUUCAUGCAACUUAUUGGGUCAUGGGUCGUGCUGGACGAGACGUAUGCGAUUCGUCAGCUCAUUGGGGAAGUCGAACUCGCAUAUUUCAAGCACGUGGUGCCGUUAACCAAGUCAGUGCGUCGGGGACGUGCGGGGUCGACGUCGACUUCGUGAUACAAGAUGAGGUGGAGCCAACGGGGAAUCAAGGAAAGAAAGUCAGUCUCAUGUCUCUGAUCAACGCAUAAUCUAGAGGAACCUUUUGCUA